AUGUUAGUCAAGCGAUUAAAAGUGAUCCUCCCUCAUGUCAUAUUGCCCAACCAAACGGCUUUUGUCCAAGGCAGACUACUAAUUGAGAAUACGGUGCUAGCAUCAGAGAUUGUCCAAGGAUAUCACAGAAUAGGAGGCCCGAAGCGCAUAACUAUCAAGGUUGAUAUAGCGAAAGCCUUUGACACAAUCAGAUGGGAGUUUUUAUUUCAGUGCCUAAGAAGCCUAGCGGUUCCAGAGAUCUUCCUAUCUUGGUUACAAGCCUGUGUCUGUACUACUUCGUUCUCACUAGGAUUUAAUGGGUCAUCCUAUGGGUACUUUAAGGGUAAAAGGGGCUUGAGGCAAGGUGAUCCGCUAUCUCCUUACUUAUUUGUGCUUGCUAUGAACUGUCUAUCGAUUUCUUUAAACAGGGCUGCGAGAGAAGGACAGUUUCAAUACCAUGCGAAGUGCAAGAACUCAGAGCUUACUCACCUUUGCUUCGCUGAUGACCUCCUAAUCUUUUGUGAUGGAUCACAGCAGUCGGUCCUAGCGGUUCUUAACAUCUUAAAAGACUUUGAGCAGAGAUCGGGCUUGGCGGUCAGCAUCACCAAAACUUCAAUGUUUGCUGCAGGAAUCAAACCUCAUGAGUUAAAUCAGAUAAAAGCAGCUACGGGUCUAAUGGAAGGAUCUCUACCGGUCAGGUACUUAGGUGUACCUCUGUGCACCAAGAAACUGUCGUUGGCAAAUUGCGCACCUCUCCUGCAAUCUAUAAAGUCGAAACUCCAUUCUUGGACUACUCGUACGCUCUCCUUCGCGGGAAGACUCCAGUUGCUUGCCACUGUCAUUGCUGGUAUCACAAAUUUCUGGUCAUGCGCCUUCAUUCUUCCAAAGGGUUGUCUUGCGGAAAUUGACUCCCUAUGCAGUCGAUUCCUAUGGAAAGGCAAAACGGAGGGUCAUAAUUCUGCAAAAGUUUCUUGGAAAUCAGUCACUACACCAAAGCAGGAAGGAGGGUUAGGGCUAAAGGACUUACACAUAUGGAACUUGGCGGCGGUGCUAAAACUGAUUUGGAUCCUUUUCUUCAAGCAAAGCUCCAUUUGGUCCGAUUGGUUUACUCGAGAGAUACUGGGGGGUGAUCUGAAUAAUUUUUGGGUCAUAAAUACCAGGCAGAAACAUUCAUGGCAAGCAAAUCAACUCCUACUCUACAAGGACCUGGUCUAUACCUGGAUAAAGCGGGUUGUAGGCAAUGGAGAGACUACUUACUUCUGGUCCUGCAACUGGUCUCCGUUUGGCAAUAUAGCUGAUUUUCUGAAGGAUGAGUCUGCCUCUACGACAGGUAUUCCCUCGACCUAUACUCUCGCGGAACUAUGGGAAAUAGAUCACUGGACGCUGCCCCCUGCAAGGUCUGAGAAGCAAGUCCAAAUCUACUCUCAUCUCCUCACCAUGACGUUAACUGAUAUUACUGAUUCGUACCUCUGGUGCCCGGAUGGUAAUCAUAUGACGGCUUACUCCAUUCGACGAGUCUAUGAUCUGCUGAGAGAGGAGAAUGAAUCGGUGGCCUGGCAUAGAGAAGUUUGGUUCUCCAGAGGGAUCCCAAAGCAUCGAUUCCUAACUUGGCUGAUGGCGCUAAAUAGAUCACCAACUCGUGAUCGUCUCCUCCAGUGGGGCGUUAGCACUGAAGGCUCUUGUCUCCUCUGCAACACUUCCCCUGAAUCAAGAUCUCAUCUCUAUUUUGAGUGUAGCUUCUCAUGGAAUGUCUGGCAGGACUUCCAUCAGAGACUCCGAUUCGCUUCACCACGAACGUGGGAGGAAGUGAUGGAGGAACUCAGGAACUUCAGAGGUUCGCGAGCUUCGAAGACUUUGCUCCUGCUUACUUGGCAAGCAACGAUAUAUGCUUUGUGGGUGGAGAGGAACUGCAGACUCCAUCGCCAAGUAUAUCGCUCUGCAAACUCCUUGUCUACUGAGAUUGAUCGAACCAUCAGAAGAAGGAUAGCGAGUAUCCGUCAAGGCGCACCGCAACUCUCCUCCGGCAUGCUCUGUCAAUGGUUCUCUACUAGUCCCUCUUGA